UCUUAGAUCUCUCUCCCUCUCUCUCUAGUCUCCACAUUUCUCUCGACCGGAGUCACAGAAGGAAAAAGGGCCAGCCGGGGAGGAGUGGUUGGACAACGCAUGUUGGUCUCCCUCGACGGCAAGUGCGUGCUCCACGUUCGGCAGCUGCGUUCGACGCCUGCAAGUUCCACGGCAGCAACGGCGGGCGGCGGCGUCCAAGUUGGGAACUCCACAACUAGUUUUCCCCCGCAUGUUCCAGCUCCGCGGAUGUCUUGACGCACGCGCAGAUAUGUUCGCAAUAAACGCUAGAUCCAAGCUCCAUCGUGUUUCUCGGGUAUUUCAGAAAUUCCCGAACUCGAACCCGAAAUGUCGGGUACCCAAAUCGUCAGAAAUUAUUUUUUCAUGAUAAAUUUCGGGUUUGAAUUUUAAAAAUCCGAAUUUUUCAAAACUCGAAAAACCCGACCCGAAAUUUUCGGGUUAGGCCAUCCACUAGGGUUCCACCGCCCCCCGGCUUCUGCAAGGCAAGGCUCCAGAUCCUUCCCACCGCCCGGUCCGAGACGCACCAACGCCACCAUAUCCCUUCCCUUCCGCGACCCCUUCUCGCCGUCGCCGCCGGCUCCGUCCAGAUCCAGAUAUGCCUCGCUAUGAUGAUCGCUAUGGAGGAACGCGCUUGUAUGUUGGCAGAUUGGCCUCCCGUACUCGUUCCCGCGACCUAGAAUAUCUGUUCAGCAGAUAUGGAAGGUUUUUCGGUUUUUACCGGGAGGUCUGUGGUGGAAGGGUGCCCUUGAUGGACUUGGUGACCAUGGUGAAGGGCGCCCUUGGUGUGAUAAUGUUGACUGUUUUAGUCGAAGUUCCAAGUUGGUGAUGCAUUUGAGUACUUGACUCAUGACGGCUUACUCUUUGUGGCAACCCUUUGCGCAGAAUACGAGAAGUGGAGUUGAAGUGCGACUAUGCAUUCAUUGUAUGUGAAUUUUACCUCCCUCAGUUCAAUUCUGGAACAAUUUAUAUAAUGUUAACAUUAACUUCUCGUUUCUUGGGAAAUACAUAUAUUUAUUUAUUUAUUUAUUUAUUUAUUUACAAUGCAUGGCACCUUUCUGUCUUGUUCUGUUUUGCCAAAUUGUCAAACAGGAGUUCAGUGAUCCUCGUGAUGCUGAUGAUGCGCGAUACAACCUAGAUGGCAGGGAUGUUGAUGGGAGUCGCAUUAUUGUUGAGUUUGCUAAAGGCGUUCCACGCGGACCAGGUGGCUCACGUGAAUCCAUGGGAAGAGGCCCUCCCCCGGGAACAGGUCGUUGUUUCAACUGUGGAAUUGAUGGUCACUGGGCGAGAGACUGUAAGGCUGGUGACUGGAAAAAUAAAUGCUACCGAUGUGGAGAAAGGGGACAUAUAGAAAGAAAUUGCCAGAACAGCCCUAGGAGUAUCAGGCGUGAGAGAAGCUACUCACGGUCCCCAUCUCCACGCCAUGGACGGGGCCGCAGUCGGAGCUACAGCAGAAGUCGGAGCCGGAGCCGUAGCUAUAGCCGCUCAAGAUCCCUAUCUGGAUCUCCUAGGGGAGGCCGCCGUGACCGUGGUGAGAGGAGAUCAAGGAGCCUUAGCUACAGCAGGAGCCCCAUGCGAUCUGCCUCCCCUCCUGCAAAGGAGCACAGCCGUACACCUGAUGGAAGCAGGAGCCCAAGGAGUCACAGUCCCCGGGGUCAGGUGAGCCCACCGCCAAAGGAUAACGGUGAGCGCAAUGGCUCAGACCGUGGUGAUAGCCCUGGAGGGAUGGAGAAGGAGAACAGCAGGAGUAGAAGCCGGAGCCCAUCUGAUGGCAACCGCAGCCCUGCGGCCAAUGGGCGUAGCCCAAGUCCUAGGGAUGACCGUAGCCCAAGCCCUACUAGGGGUGACCACAGUCCAAGUCCCAAGGGCAAUGGUAACAAUGAUGAUGAUCAUGAUGAUGACCGGCAGGCUUCACCCACAGGAAGCAAGUCCCCCUGAAAACCUCGCAGCCUAGUUUGUGGUGCUUAGUUACAUAAUGAGCAGACUUUGUGGUAGCAGCUAUAUUAUGAGUUUUAAAGACAUGAUAAGUAUAUUUUGCUCCUUUUUGAAAGGACUUUCUUGUGUAAGGAUUUGUUGCCCACCGGCUGUAGUUUGAGUGUAUCGGAGAUAAUUGAACACUUUAGCCUUGUUGAUAUGCUGCCUGACGAGCGGCCAAUCCUCGUUUCAGCCUGAACCCUCCAGGUUUGGGGAACUGAACAGUUAA